AUGCCAAUUGCAGUAACUGCUCUUGUUCCUGGCGAUAUCACAGGUGCUGUGACUGCUAUACAAGAGGCUUUCAACGGAGACCCGUAUUCUCAAUGGGUUUACACGGACCAAUCCAAGAUGGAUCUAAACAGGAAUCGCGUGUCCCUGGGUAUACGGUGCCGUUGGGGUAUUAGGAAUGCCCUCUUUUACGUAGCUAAAGACACAGACACCGAACAAAAGGACGAGGUUCUAGGUAUUGCUAUGUGGAUGCCACCAAGACCGCAAGAACAGAAAGAAACGUGGAGUGAGUGGUUUGAAGGCUGGAGGCUGUGGACAGAGCAAGUUGUCAUGAACUCAUUGUACGGGCGAGGUGGUCUGAAUGUGCAGAGGUAUUGGAUCUGGAAAGCCAAACAAGCCGAAGCCCAGUCUCAAAUCUGGACAGAUCCACGAGGCUAUUACUUUCUCAACAUUAUGGUCGUCAAGCCCGGUAGUCAAGGAAAAGGAAUUGGGAAAGCACUCGCGAGGGAGGUUACCCAGCGAGCCGAUGAAGAAGGUAGAAGGUGCUACUUGGAGUCCAGUAGGGAUGUACCAAACAUCAAGAUUUAUGAGGCGAUGGGGUUCCAUUUCGUGAAGCAGAUGGAUUGUGAAGAGUCGGGAGAUAUUUGUAAACUUUAUUGUAUGGUACGAGAGCCUCAGCGCCCUGCUGUUGAGGCUUAG